GGGGGGGCAGGGCGGGACAGCCGGCGGAGGGAAGGGGUUAACGCGGGCCGGGCGGGAGCGGGUGAGUCAGCGGGGCCGCCCCGGCCCCCCCGAGCCCCCCCGGCCCGCCCCCGCCGUGCCUAUCCCGGGCGGCGCCGCGCCCCGCCACUGCCCGCCCCGCCGCUGCCCGCUGCGCACCGCGCCCCCCCACCAUGCCGUCCCAGAUGGAGCACGCCAUGGAGACCCUCAUGUUCACCUUCCACAAGUACGCGGGUGACAAGAACCACCUGGGCAAGGAGGACCUGCGGGCGCUGAUGGAGAAGGAGUUCCCCGGCUUCCUGGAGAACCAGCAGGACCCGAUGGCCCUGGACAAGAUCAUGAAGGACCUGGACCAGUGCCGGGACGGCAAGGUGGGCUUCCAGGGCUUCUUCUCGCUGGUGGCCGGGCUCACCAUCGCCUGCAACGACUACUUUGUCCUGCACAUGAAGCAGAAGGGCAGGAAGUGAGAGCAGCACCCGUGGGUGCUGCCCCCCCCCCCCCGCGGGUGCUGCUCCCCCACCCGUGGGUGCUGCUGCCUCCCUAUGGGUGCUGCUCCCACCCAUGGGUGCUACCCCUGCCCUGGGUGCUGCUCUGACACCCAUGGGCGCUGCCCUGCCACUCCCUGCUGCCCCCCACCCCAAUAAAGGUGUUUUGUAUUA